GUGAAGAUCUUUGUGAGUGUCUUCCUUCAAUUCCUGCCAGUAAAAAAAGGUGGGAAACACUGGUUUAUAAGUUGAUUUAAAAGAGCAUUGUGGGAGGAUUUGGUAAAAUUAUUUUUACAUAAAGUAUUCAAUUUUAAUUAAAUGUGUGAGUGACAUCACAUGCUGGAGAAUCUGGAGUAAGUUGAGUGCAAAUCGUUGUCUUUUUUCUGAUUUUUUUGCCUCAUUAAUCAGACACACAGUGUAAUUGUUAGCCUGUCUGAAAUAAUCGACGUAAACUCCAGAUGGUGCCAUUGCCAGACCAAGCUGUACUGUACAAACUCCCAUCAUCCCCUGGGAGAACAAGUGUUUUCCUGACAUUUCCACAUCCACACUGUGUUUCUGUUACAUAAACCCUCAUCACCGACGUCUCCCCACAGAGUUCUCCUCUCUUCCAUUUCCUCCUAGCCCUGGUGGUGGAUGAGCUCUCAUCACAGGCCACUCAGAGAACUCACAUUCCAGUAGUAAGCCGGCCUCGCAGACAUCCUUUCAGACACACAUACACACACUCCACACACCCUAAAAAAAGAUGGUACCAUCAGAAGCCCGACGGCCCUCCCCUCUCUCCCCUCAAGAGUCUUGUGGCAGCUGCAGGGGACCAGUAGAUGAACUCGGAGUCACCAGUCGUCCAAAACAUCUCUGAUCUUCAGGAAUCCAAGGAGAGACGAGCCAGUGAGUGACAUCGGGAGAGAACGUCGAUAAGGAAAAGAAAGAAAAGUAACGGCAGGAGAAAGAGAAGGACAAACAGAACCAUGAGUACCUUUGGGUACCGCAAGGAACUGAAGAAGUAUGAGGAGCUGGAUGAAGAAGAACUACUGGCCACGCUGUCCUCAGAGGAGCUCCAAGAGCUGGAACGGGAGCUGGCUGACCUCGACCCUGACCACAACGUGCCCAUUGGCCUGAGGCAAAAAGACCAGACGGCCAAAAUUCCUACAGGAACCUUUGACAGGGAAGCGCUGCUGAAAUACUGGGAAGAUGAAAACAAGGUUCUGCAACAGUGUGAGAACGAGGAGUCCAACACUGGACAGGGGGAGGGGCUAGAGGCCACCAAGAAGGACCAGGUGUCAAUUACCAGCAGAAACACUGAAAAGCACCUGGAUAAUAACGCCACCACGGUGACAAACAAAGAGCAGAAAACCAAAUGCUGUUUUAGUGAAAAACCAACAAAGUCAGAGAAGGAAGAUCGUAAAAAAACAACGGCUCCUACCAGGAGUAAAUCUCCACCGAAAAACGUUGUGAACCAAGAUCUUAAUGGUGAAAUGAGGACAGAAAAUACAGACCAAAACCUGGACGGAGCCCCUCAGAGACCAAGCGGGAACCCCAUCGUCAUCGACAAAGCUCUGGAGCAGAUCCUGACGGGUGAUCCCACCAUGAGUGAAGUCAACCUCAACAACAUCGAAGACAUCUCCCAGGAGACCUUGAUACGUUUCGCCGAAGCCCUGAGCACCAACGCUCACGUGCACGUCUUCAGUCUCGCAAACACUCACGCUGACGACCAGGUGGCGUUCGCUCUCUCCAAGAUGCUCUGCAAGAACUGCUCCAUCAAAAUCCUGAACAUCGAGUCCAACUUUGUGUCGGGUCAAGGCAUCCUGGCCCUGCUGGCAGCGCUGAGGCACAACAGGACACUGAUGGAGCUCCGCUUCCACAACCAGAGGCACAUCUGUGGAGGGAAGGCAGAGAUGGAGAUGGUGCGGUUACUGCGAGAGAACACGACUCUGCUCAAGCUGGGCUACCAGUUUGACCUUCCAGGACCAAGAAUGACAGCGACCAGCAUCCUGACACGAAACCAGGACCAGCAGCGGCAGAGAAGGCUUCAACAGAAGAAGGAACAAAAGCCUCCAGAGCUGCUGGAAAAGGUUUCUGGUCCAAAACCAUCAGCACCAACACGUCUUUCUAAGACUGUUGAGAAACACAACAAGAACGUUCAUUCAUCUCCUAACCCCCCAACGAGGAAGAUCGCUGAAACGGUGAAACAGCACGAGGGCGUCAAGAGUCAGUCGACCCACGGAAAAACGAAGGUGAAGAAAUUUAAAAACGGUACCAAUGAACAGGAGAGUGCUGACAUUCUCAAGGACCUGAAAAAUGCCUUGAAACCGUCAUUGCACAAGAGACAAGCUGAACCAGGCCAUCUGCCGCCACCACAGAGGUCAAGUCGGGAUGACCUGAUGGCGGCGAUCCGUGGAAGCAGCGUCCACUCCUUAAAGAGGGUGGAUUUGUCUCAGACCUGAUCACACCAGGAGGAUCACACCUGAACUUUUCUCACUUUCUGCUCGUAUAUUUGAGUUGUAUCUCACAGUAAAUGUCACUUUUUAAGCGUUUCCUUUCUGACUUUGACACCAUGACGCAGCAGACUGAACCUCCUCCAUAAUUUAAGUAAAGCCAUAUUUUUUUUAGUGUGAAUCAUCCGCUGAAUACUGAUGUGAAAAAAUAAAAGUUUUCGUCU